GCCUUCAAUCCUCAUUUCUGAUUUUAUAUAGUUUUUUGUAUGCAUAGAAAGCAACGAGAAUCUACAGAAUUGGCUUUAGCUUAUCUCUUUGCAUUCAAUUGAUUGUUUAUGCAGCAACAAGUGUUUUAAACUAUUUUUGUUCCAUAAAUCUCUCUCAACUCUCCUUCUAACAUAAUGGAAGAUUAUAUCUUACCAUACAAAUUUAAUGAUGGCAGGGAUAUUUGAUUCUAAUCUUGGACGAAGCCAUGGCAGACAUUAUUGCUAUGUUCAACAGAUGGGCGAAGUCAGCGUUGUUGGCUCUUCUAGAUAGAUCUUCAUCUUCAUCUUCAUUAGUGGAACCUACACGAGGCAAUGCUUUAGAUGACUUUCAGAGGAUAAUGCGAAUGCUGCCGAGGAUCAAAGCAGUGCUUGAAGAUGCCGAGGAAAGGGAGAUACAAGACAGGUUUGUGAUGUUAUGGCUUUCAGAGCUCAGGCUCUUGGCUUAUGACAUUGAUGAUGUAAUCGACGAGUAUGAGUAUGAUGUGUUGGUAGCACAAAUGGAAGCCAGAGCAGCCGAAGAGUCCGACCACUGUGGCAAGUGCAAGCGAGGUGAUGAUGAAAAUCAUGAUGAGAAUGAGCAGGUGGAAGGUCAUAGUAUAUUAGCCUUCUCCUCAACUCAAGUUCCAACAAUUUCUGAUGGCAUGGCUGAGAAGCUAAGGGAGAUUCAAGAAAGAUUCAACGAGCUUGAAAGGGAUCGAAAGGCACUCAAUUUAAGAGAGGAAGAUGGCAUGAGACGAAUUGUCAGUGCACAGAAUUCUCGGCUUACUAGUUCUCUUGUCGAUGAAUCAAGUAUAAUUGGAAGAAAAAGUGAGAAAGAGAAGAUAGUGAGGCUAUUGCUCUCAGACCUACAAGUGAGUAAUAAAAUUACAGUCAUUCCAAUAGUUGGUAUGGGAGGUGUGGGGAAGACAACGCUCGCCCAACUCAUCUAUAAUGAUCCUAAAAUUCAUCAGUAUUUUGAUCUCCGAUUAUGGAUCUAUGUUUCUGAGGAUUUUGAUCUUGUGAAAUUAACCAAAGAAAUAUAUGGAUCUAUAACUAACAAGCCAUAUGAGAAGGACGUUAGAUUCGACUAUCUUCAAGAUUCCAUAAGGAAAGAAUUAGUGAAAUUUAAAAGAAUAUUUUUGGUGUUGGAUGAUGUGUGGAAUGAGAAACAAUGUCUAUGGGAGCCCCUCCUAAUCCCCUUCCACAAUGCAGGUAUUGUGAAUAUUUUGUUGACAACACGGAAUAAAAAGGUUGCGGAUGUCAUCCGGACUAUAAAUAUCUUACACUUGGGUUGUCUUUCCGAAGAGCAAGGUUGGUGUUUGUUCCAACAACGUGCAUUAUGUGAUGAUGAAAAUCUGAUAAAGAUUGGCAGGAGAAUCGUAAACAAGUGUGGUGGAUUACCUUUGGCUAUAAAACUACUUGGAAGCCAUCUCCGAUUUGAAAGAGAUGAAGAGGCAUGGAUGAGCAUCUUAGAAAGUGAGCUUUGGGACUUGGAUUUAGGAUCAAAUGAAAUUUUGCCUGCUCUUAAGCUAAGUUACCAAAGGAUGCCGAUUCACUUGAAACCAUGCUUUAGGUAUUGCUCAAUGUUUCCUAAAAAUAAGUUACCUUCAAAGAAUCAUCUAGUAUGGUUGUGGAUGGCACAGGGUUAUAUCCAAUCAAAAAUAACAGGCCAAACUAUGGAGGAGAUAGGAAGAGGGUAUUUUGAUGAACUCUUGGGGAGAUCAUUUCUUCAAGCAACGGAAUUUGAGGACUCUUUUAACAUGCAUGACUUGAUUUUUGAUCUGGCAGGUUUUGUUUCGGGCAAUGAGUUCAUUACAAUGAAUAUGGAGGCUAGCAAACAAAAUAAAUGCAUAUCAAAUAAUGUUCGUCACAUAGCUUUACAUGAUCAAUUAACAAAUAAAGAAGCACUAAAAGGCUCUUUAGUUUACCCAUUUCUUAGCAGGCAUGUUGCUCUUCGUUCUCUAAUUUAUUAUGGCCAGAGGACAACCGAUGAUUUUCAGCUUUUGGAUUCAAUACGCUUACGAGCAGUGCAUAUCCAAAUCGAUCAUUUUGAUUUAGACCUAUCAAACUUUCUUGGUUCAAUUGCCUCAUUGAAGCAUUUACACUAUCUUUGCAUUCGUACUUUAAGGGAUUUUCGUUUAAAAACAUUUAAUCUUUCAAGCCUAUUCAAUUCAUUACACAGUUUUUGUAAUUUGCAUGUGUUGGACUUGCUUGGUUUUUCUCUAGCUAUAAUGUUACCAACAAGCAUAAAAAAUCUCAUCAACCUUCGACAUUUGAUUCUACCAUUUGGUUCUUACAUGCCAUGCGGGUUAAGCAAGUUAACUUUUCUCCAGACUUUAAAACAUGUAUUAGUGAUGGAGGAUGAAAGAUGUAAAUGUGGUGGACUAGGUGAGAUAGAAGACUUAGCAAGCCUUACAGGGAGUUGUUGUAUCAAUAAUAUAAGAUAUGCACCUGAUGUUGAUUGCAUCAAGAAGGCAAAUAUUAAUAGGAAGAAGCACAUUUGGGGACUAUGCAUAAAUUGGCAUAAUAGCAUGUAUCGUUCUCGUUCAUUUGAUGUUCACAUAUCUUUUAAUCCAUUUCUCAAAGUAGAGAAAAAUAGUUUUGAGUUGGAAAAGGCGAAACUUGAUGCAUUGCGGCCUCACAACAACCUCAAAAAAUUAGAGAUAUAUGAUUACCCUGGGGUACAGUUCUCGUUGUGGCUUGGUGAUCCUGCAUACACUAAGUUACAAGAUAUAACCCUUGAAGGAUGUAAUAAAUGGGAUGGAUCAGGUGGUGUGCUGGAUAGAGAUCUCCCAUGUCUUCGAAGUAUUUCCAUCAUUGAUUGUGCUAACUUAAAAAGUAUAAAAAUAUUUCAAUCAUCGUCGCUUUGUAGACUGUUGGUUAAACAAUGCCCUGAAAUAAUAACAUUACAUGGGCUAUGCAGUUUGCAUAGGCUUGAAAAGUUGGAAAUUAUAAAGUGUUAUAACCUCAUGAUCUCGGCAGAGGAGAAACUUCCUUCCAAGUUGCAUUUUGUAUGGUUUGAAGAGUGUUGGAAGCUAAAAUCAAUACCAGGUCUGCAAAGCCUUCAUUCUCUUGAGGAAUUGAAGCUCAAAAGAUGUCCGAAACUUAAACUCUCUUUAGAUGAACAACUUUCAACCAUGCAUGCUGUUUUGGAGAUUAUUGAUUGCCCUGGAUUAAGAGAGUUGUAA